UAUAUCAGAGCCUCUCAGUCAGUAUUUCAUGGCACGACGGCGUUUUAUGGACUUCCGUUCGAUAUUUUGUGACAGCUUCGCCAUAGGCAAACAUGCUCUUAGGUUUUCAAAAGAAAGCAAUUUGGCGCGGGAGAUAGUAAAAAGCCUAAAAGGUUGUAGACCACCACCACCACCACCACCAGAAUGGAGGACUACGAUCUGGAAUUGGAGAAAGCUCGGUUGCUGAGCUUGGCCCUCGAAUUUGGCUUCGAUGAACAUUCCGCGAACAAGUGCUUGGAUCGUCUGGUCAAGCUCUAUGGUGAGGAUGGCAGAGAUUUUGUCUCUGUGGAGCAUUGUGGUGAUGAUUUUCUUGCAUCAUUAGCUGAAUCUAUGGAAGACACCGAAGAAUGGGAUGAUCUACAGAAUGUAGAAUCAGAAGCCUGUGGUGCUUUAGAAAACAUCUGUGACAACAAGGUCCUCAACAAUGCUAACACUCAUAGACACAAGGAAAAACACAAUAUUAAUGUCAUUGAGAGUUCAUCUGCAUCUCUAGAAAACCCAAAUUUUGUGGAGUUGGAUUCUUCAAGUGACAGUGACUUAGAUUUCAGAAUUCUAGAAAAAAAUGGUGAACCGAGCCGCUCCCAUUGUCCUGAUAUGAGGGGUUCAGCCUUCAAACAGAGUUUGGCAGAAUGUUGUUCAAGAUCUUUGGACUGUCAGAGCACUAUCACUCGAGAUUCAGUUUCAAUAAUAAAUAAUAAGAAACAGUGCUCCCAGAAGCCAAAAGAUGAAGCUGAGACUCUCAGUUACGAACAGUUACAGGCUUUGGACGACUUUGAAUUGGCAAAUGUUGUAAUAUUUGGUAAUAGGACAUUUCGACCAUUGCAGCAUCAGGCUUGUAAAGCAGCUGUUUCAAAGCGGGAUUGCUUUAUUCUUAUGCCAACUGGAGGUGGUAAAAGCUUAUGUUACCAGCUUCCAGCGACUGUGCAACCAGGAGUGACAGUUGUUAUAUCUCCACUGCUUUCGCUUAUUCAGGAUCAGAUAAUUACGUUGAACCUCAAGUUUGGUGUUCCAGCAACCUUUUUAACUUCUCAACAAACUGCUUCCCGAGCUGCAGCUGUCCUCCAAGAGCUAAGGAAGGACAAACCAUCGUGCAAGCUUUUGUAUGUGACUCCUGAGAGAAUAGCUGGGAGCCCAACAUUUUUUGAUCUUCUAAAAUGCCUACAUCAAAAGGGACAAUUAUCAGGGUUUGUUGUUGAUGAGGCACAUUGUGUUAGCCAAUGGGGACAUGAUUUUCGUCCAGAUUACAGAGGAUUAGGAUGUCUGAAGCAGCACUUCCCAAAUGUCCCUUUGAUGGCAUUGACUGCUACUGCAACUCCUUCAGUUCGAGAGGACAUAUUACAAGCUUUGAGAAUACCCCAUGCUCUUGUCCUUGAAAGAAGCUUUGAUAGACCCAACUUGAAAUAUGAAGUAAUUGGUAAGACCAAGGAAACACUAAAACAGCUUAACCAAAUACUGAUGGAUCGUUUUAAGAAUCAAUGUGGAAUUAUAUACUGCCUUUCAAGAAGUGAAUGUGUUGAGGUUGCCAAAUUCUUGAAUGAGAAGUGUAAGAUUAAAACGGUGCAUUACCAUGCUGGUUUGUCUGCUAAUCAGAGAGUUUCUGUUCAAAAGAAGUGGUACAUGGGAGAGGUUCAUGUUGCUUGUGCUACAAUUGCGUUUGGGAUGGGGAUAGACAAACCCGAUGUUCGUUUUGUCAUCCACAAUACAUUGUCAAAAUCAAUUGAAAGCUAUUAUCAAGAAUCUGGAAGGGCUGGAAGAGAUAAUCUUCCUGCAGUAUGCAUUGUCCUAUACCAGAAAAAGGAUUUUAGCCGGGUUGUGUGCAUGUUACGGAAUGGACAAGGAUAUAAAAAGGAGAGCUUCAAGAGAGCAAUGGCUCAGGCUCAGAAAAUGCAAGAGUACUGUGAACUUAAGGAUAAAUGUCGGAGACAAACAUUACUCGAACACUUUGGAGAGGCUUUUGACCAGAAGACCUGCAAGUACGGAUCUAAUCCUUGUGAUACUUGUCUCAAGACAUAUUCCUGAGCAUAUUGGUGUACUUUUCUUUCCAUAAUGAGGUAUAUUCCAUUGUGGAUUUUAGCUACCUUCAAGAUGGAGCCAUGUCUUUUUAAAUUUCCCCCAUGAUAUCGUGCAUCCUGUGCGAGUGGGGAGUUUUCUUUUUGUUUUUGAAAGCUCAAAGCUGGUAUUACCCAUUGUAAAUGCCCCUAAUCCAACCAUUUAUAGGUGCAGAGAAAAGCGAACUAUUCCACUCUAAAGAAAGCUUUAAGUUGAAGCCAAACUUUUUACCUGCCACUUUUGCCUGCCACUUUUUUACCUGCCACUUUUGCAGCAGUGUCUCUCUUUCAUGGCAGUUUGGGUUAAUGUGUGAGGUACUACUCCAUUGAACCAGUUGAGCCACUGACUGAAAGAUUCAAAAUAGUCUAUUGCUAGCGAGUAGGAGAUUUGUAUUAAGAUACAAUUUCAUUAGCGUAAUCCAUGUGCUUAGAUGAAACUUUACUUAAUUUUAGAACUUUAUUUCUUCUGUUUGAUGGGCAAGACGAAUCACAAUUAUGUAUGCAGUCGAGAAAACAAAUAUUUGAUAAUUAUUUUGUCCUCGGAAGAAAUGCUUCUAUAUUGAGUCCCACAUGUCGAUGAUGAGGCUCAAUUUUGUGUUUUAUUUUAAAACUUUUAUUGGAUGCACAUAAAAUUUCAUCUCGAGUCCUUUUCCAUGGUA